AACAGUUUCGACGAAAAUGGACAACGGUGUACGGCUACCAAUAGAGCGUGUAAAAUGGAUCACGUUGAUGACGAUGACAAUCGUCAUCUUCGUCGUCGAUGCAUCCACACUGGGACAAACAAAAGAAUCUAUAAUUCUUGAAAAUUCAAGAAAAUAUGACCCAAAGGACCUUUCUGCGCAAAAGGUUUCUUACGAAGGAGACUACGUUUUGAGGAUCCACAAGCAUAACAUGUCCGUGCAAGAAUUAAUGGAACGUUAUGAGGAAGACGGUUCAUUAUCCAUAUGGUCGAGCAGUGGGUCUACUGCCGAUAUUUUCGUGCGAAGCUACAUGUUUAAUGAUAUUAGGUCGAUAUUGGAAAAUCACAGAAUCAAAUUCAUAAUUUUAAUCGAUGAUGUGCAAGAAGCGAUCGCAAAUGAAAAUACUCCUCUCACGAUGUUAGCGCAAGAAGAACUCGAGGGACGCAAAGGUCAUCGAAUGGAAUGGACCAGCUAUCAUCAACUAAAGGAUAUUCUGGGAUACUUGGAUUAUCUCGCGGACACUUAUCCUGAUGUCUGUUCCGUUCAAACCAUUGGUCGGUCUAUCGAAGGUCGGGAGUUGAAGCUUCUAAGAAUCAGUAACGGUAAGCCGAACGCACCUGCAAUCUGGAUCGAUGGUGGUAUUCACGCAAGGGAAUGGAUAUCGCCGGCAGUUGUGACUUAUAUCAUAGAUCAAUUGGUUGAAAACAGCGAAAAUCUCGAUGUGGACUAUUACAUUUUACCGGUAGCUAAUCCGGAUGGGUACGAGUAUACAUUCGCUCACGAUCGUUUAUGGAGAAAAAACAGAAGGAAAGGAACCAUUUGUUCAGGUGUUGACUUGAACAGGAACUUUGGUUAUCAUUGGGGAGGAAAGGGAACAAGUCGUAAUAUGUGUCAUGAGACGUACGCAGGCACGAAAGCAUUCUCCGAGCCAGAAAGCGAUGCCAUUCGAAAUUUCUUCGAGGCUAGUUUGGCAAAUUUCAAGGCGUAUUUGUCGUUCCAUUCCUAUGGACAGUAUAUCCUUUAUCCAUGGGGCUAUGAUAAUCGUUUGCCAGUUGAUUACGCUGAUCUUGACAGAGUAGGAAAGCAAAUGGCAGCAGCUAUGGAGAAUGCAACAAAUGAUGAUAUAAUAUAUACCGUCGGAAAUAGUGCUUCAACGCUAUAUCCCGCUGCUGGUGGCUCUGAUGAUUGGGCAAAGGCAUUGGUCAAAAUAAAAUAUGCAUAUACGAUUGAACUGCGCGACACUAAAAGUUUUAUUUUACCAGCUCGUUAUAUUAUUCCGACAAGCAAAGAAGCGUAUGCUGCGGUGAAUGUAAUUACGGAAAUUUGCAAAACGGCUUCGUAAUUGAAAUUUGAUUGUCAAAUGUUAAAUUAGAAAAUAGCUUCUAGCCAGAAAGAUGUAAAUUGGAGGGAUAUAUUUAAAUAAUUAUUUUUGUAUAU